AUGUCGAACGCUGAGCAAUCAGCUGACCGACCUCCAAUCCCAAUCCGCGAUUAUGAGCCAGGCUUCCACCGUAGCGAUCGACUGGAGGAAAUAAAAAAACAGCUCGAUUUUAGGAAUGAGUUGGAGACACAAAUCGAAACACUAAAGCAGCAGAUCCGCGACUUGAAACAGCAGCUCACCGAUAAAACCAUUGAGAAAAAGAAACUCCAAUUGCAGGCGCAGCGGUUUCAGAGCGAGUUGGACGAUCUGCGCGUGCGCGUGGCGAACGAGGAGCGCGCGAAGGCGGAGCAAAUCGAAGGGCUGCGUCGCGAAGCGAAGGAAGCGAAGGAGGCGAGCGAAGAAGCGGAGGAAGCGUGCGAAGCGGAGAGACGCGGGAUUGCGGAGGUGGAGAGAGAAAUCGAAGCGGUGAAGGCGGAGUGGGAGAAGAAGAUUGCGGCGAGGGAAGUAAUGGUGAAGGAGCUGGUGGAGAAGGCGAAGCGAUAUCAGAGUAGUUUGAUGGCGAUGGUGUGGAGUGUUUGUUUGAAAGAGAUUGGAAAAUGGAGUGGAAUAUGUGUGGAUAGACUGAUUGAAUGA